AUGGGCGUCCAUUCGCUUUCAUACCCUGCUUCGGCAGGCAGUAACCCAACCUCGUCCCGCGAUGUGUUGAUAUUCUUUAUCUCCGGCAACCCCGGAUUGAUUGACUACUACAGUCCAUUCUUUGAGAGCCUGAGGACUCUGAUUGAUUCCUGUCCUGAUCUGGGAUCAACGCGGUUUCACAUCUAUGGCCAGGAUCUUGCGGGAUUCGGCGAAGAUGACCACAAGCCAUUCGACGGGCAGAACCCUCCCCACGAUGUGGAAUAUCAGAUCAAGAACUCGUAUGACGCGCUCUCGGCAUUACGCAUAGAAGACGGACCCAAGAAGUCCCAGCCUUACGAUGACAUUUUACUCAUGGGCCACUCGGUCGGGAGCUAUAUCGCGCUUCAGAUCUUCCACCGUCACCUGCAAGACGCUUCGGCGGCACCUCACGUGCACCUCAAGGCGGGCGUUCUAUUGUUCCCCACGAUCGAGCAUAUUGGCCGGUCGCGGCAGGGCCGGCAGCUCGAUCUACUGCGACGCACGCCCGUCAUCGGACCGAGCGCGCACGCCGUUGCACAGGGGUUCCUACGUCUCUGGACAUUUGGCGCGCUGCAGUGGUUCGUCGGUAAGGUCCUAGGCUUCCCGCCGCACGCGGCCGCGGUCACGGCCCGUUUCCUCAAGAGCCGAGAUGGCGUCUGGCAGGCCCUGCACAUGGGCAUGGACGAGAUGAAAGUCAUUGGCGAGGACAAGUGGGAUGAGGAACUCUGGGAGAUCGAGCGCGGUAUCGAUCAGCAACAGCAACAGAAGCAGCUGCCGCCCAAGUUCGUCUUCUUUUUCGGCAAAAAUGAUCACUGGGUUGCGAGUCAUCUGCGUGAUGCCUUUAUUGAAAGGCGGCAGAAGCACACGGAACGUACGAGGCUGAUGAUUGACGAGGGGAACUUGCCUCAUGCAUUUUGCAUUAAUCACAGCGAGCCUGUAGCCGAAAAGGUCUUGCUCUGGGUUCGAGAGAUAUAUGAACAGGAAUAA